UUUUAUUUUUGGUGUUUUACCAGGUAAUACCAUCAUGGGUAUUGAUAUUGUAGCUCUAUUAAUUAGCAUUGUCAUAACUGGGAUAAUAGGCUCUUUUGUUAUCCAGUAUUUUCAUAUUGGUGACAAACAAAAAAGAAAGAAAAAGAAAACAAAAGCCAAGUAUUCAGAGAAUUUGGCUCAGCCAGAUGGGCCAAGAUUGAAGCUGAUUUAUGGAACUCAAUCUGGUAAAGCAAAACGAUUCUGUCUUGAAUUAGGCCGUCGUGCCCAAAGCAUGGAUUUAAAAUUUGAAAUCAUUGACAUCACAGACUAUGAUCCAGAAGACAGACUUUCUAGUGAUGCUUCAGCGUUGUCAAUUUGUAUUUUUCUUAUUUCAACAUAUACAGGUGGUUUGCCACCUGACGACGCGAAGUGGUUUUAUAAAUGGGUUGAUGAAGCUGCUAACGAUUUCAGAGUUCAGAAAUCAUUGCUUCAAGGCCUCACGUAUGCAGUAUUUGGACUUGGUAAUUCUGUGUAUGAAGAAAACUAUAACACAGUUGCUAAGCAUUUGGACAAAUGUCUUCACAAACUAUGUGCAACAAGAUGUUUCCCUCUUGGAAAAGGUGAUGAAAAUGUGGCUAAUAGUGCUCAUGGCAGUCAAGAAUUGGAUUUUGACGCCUGGGCAAAUGAUGUAUUAUCGGUUGUAGUAGAUUUGUUAACUAGUCCAGCACAAUUAUCUAAUGAUGAUGGCAAUGGUACACGGAUGGAAAAAAUUGAUGGUGAUGACAGUGGAGCAGAUUGCGUUGAAAGUAGCAGUGAGGACGAAAAGGAAGGAAGCGAAAGUGAAGCAGUCUUGGAUGUUGAAGACAUAGGUGACCGAAUGCCACAAGUAAAUCAUUCACAGAAUGGUGUGACUUUGAGGAAGAAAAAACGACCUGUUAAGGAAAUGGUGACUCCAGCAUUACGUCAAGCUCUGACAAAGCAAGGAUAUAAAAUAGUGGGAUCACAUUCUGGUGUCAAACUUUGUCGCUGGACCAAAUCUAUGCUUCGUGGACGAGGAGGUUGCUACAAACAUACAUUUUAUGGAAUCGAGAGUCAUAGAUGCAUGGAAACAACUCCGAGUUUAGCAUGUGCAAAUAAAUGUGUCUUUUGCUGGCGGCAUCACACAAAUCCUGUGGGCACAGAAUGGAAAUGGAAAAUGGAUGAACCAGAUAUGAUUGUUAAAGGUGCAAUUGAAAAUCACUACAGCAUGAUAAAACAGUUCAAGGGUGUGCCAGGUGUUCGCCCAGAGCGUUUUGUUGAAGGUUUCUCGAUAAAACAUUGUGCUCUUUCAUUGGUUGGGGAACCUAUCAUGUAUCCACAGAUUAAUACAUUCAUUGAAAUGUUACAUGAGAAAGGAAUUUCAUCAUUUCUGGUUACAAAUGCACAAUUCCCUGAUGAAAUAAAAACUUUGAAGCCCGUCACACAGCUUUACGUCAGUGUUGACGCAGCCACUCCUGAUAGCCUGAAAAAGAUAGAUCGACCGUUAUUCAAAGAUUACUGGCCAAGAUUCAUUGAUAGCUUGAAGGCAUUGGGAGAAAAAGGACAAAGAACUGUGUAUAGAUUGACAAUUGUAAAAGCAUGGAACAACGAAGAGAUACAGAAUUAUGCGGAGUUGGUUCAAUAUGGUAAACCAGACUUCAUAGAAGUGAAGGGAGUUACUUAUUGUGGUGAUACGUCUACUGCUGGUGGGCUUACUAUGAAGAAUGUGCCAUGGCAUGAAGAAGUAUUACAUUUUGUCUCCUUGUUAGCUGAUAUGCUGCCUGAAUACGAACUUGCCUGUGAACAUGAACACUCAAAUUGUGUUCUAAUUGCAAAUACGAAGUUCAAAGUUGAAGGAAAGUGGCAUACUUGGAUAGAUUACAGUCGAUUCCAUGAGCUGUACCAGGAAUACAAGACGACAGGUGCCACCUUUUCUGCUCCAGAUUAUAUGAGCGCGACCCCAAAUUGGGCGGUCAUUGGUGCUGAUGAAAGAGGAUUUGAUCCAGGUGAAAAAAGAUGGAGAAGAAAGUCAGGGAAGAUUCAGGCUGGGUGUUAAAAAGCACUGUUUGUGGUCAUUAGUAAAUGAUGCUAUGAAGCAAAAUAUGUUCAGCACAGUUGAUCAUGAAAAGAAGUCUGAAUUGAUUUUGAUUGUAGUGAAGCCAUGAGAUGUUAUUGAAUUGAGAAAGGUGUUUCAGAUUUUGUAACAAACUUGUUUGAGUUUUGCAUUCUCUGAGCUGCUUGUUUCAUGUACUAUGAACGGAACUUGUCUAUAAUUGUUUGAGAAUAUGAAUUUCUCAUUAGGUUAGCGCAAUACUCCAUAUAAUGGAUUACAUUCUUGAAGCAUUUGUGAAUUUGCCAUUUUUAACCAGCUAGGAUUAGUUUUGACCAAACUAGGAUCAGUUUAACUUAGGUCUCGUUCCCAGCAAAAAAAAAUUGAUAACUAGUCAAAACAAUGAUAUUCCAGCUAAUUUGAGUUUAAUUGCUGGUGGUGAUUCUGAAAUUUGUGUAAAUUUCUCCCAUAAAUACCAGUCGUCAUAUUUGUUUUAUUUUCUUAGGAUUGCUUCUCAAAACCUAGUUGUACAACAUUUGAUAUGAAUCUUACACAAUAUUGCACGAUUUUUUCGUCAAAUUGCUUUCAGCAAUGGUGUUUUCUCAAUUUUUAAGGUGGUGGUGUGUAAAAAUACAGUAAAAUCUAAGAGCUUGAUCAAA